UUAGGCAGACUGUUGCCGUAAAUAGAGCUCGGGCGAUGGCGUAUAUAUAUUAGGAUAUACUGCAGACCGUGAUGUUAUGUUCUUCGUGGUUUUUUAUCGUUUAUUUUAGAUAGUGAUUAUUGUACUCGGUUGAUGCUGGAUCAGGUGUAUGGACCAGGUUUUCUGAGAUGAGCUCCGCUGUGGUUUGGGAUGCGCAGUGCGCCGCUUUGCGUCCGCUGCUGACUGGGACUGCUGCAGUGUAAACAAGACUGUCCGAGCCUGCAGCGCUGCUGUCAGUGGGCGAAACGAUAACGACACAGUGUCAAUGGUAGUUGACUUUUCAUCUUAAACGAGCACGGCUUCAUAAUGAAACCUCCGUGUUGUUGUUUUUCAGUGCGCAACGAUUGCAGCGGAGAAUCUGGCUUUCUUCUUUUUAAUUCAACUGGACAUCUGUCAGACAGCACAUCUGCUCUUUCUAACUAAGUAGCCAGCAAACGUUCAGCCUAUCGCUGGAUUAAUCAGAUGGACUUUGCUGUCGAGGAAGCAACAACUCCUUCUUGAAUCAGGAAAAUGAGUGACAACCAGGAAACAUCAGAUGCCGAGGAAGACACUACCCCGUCCGGGAGCGCGACCUUGCCGCUCCGGCCGCCGUGCGACCGUCUCCCUUGCAACAAGAGCAGCGUGUGCUCCCGCUCCUACUUCGUGGUAGUGAUGGUCUUUUUUCACGUAUACAUCAUUAAUGUUAUAGCACUGCUAUUUUACGUUCACUAUAACAGCGGGUCGGACGAUGCCAACCAGAGUCGCGAUGCUCCGAGCAGUAACCACCAGCACCCCGAGUCGCGACGUCCGCCAUCAAAGCCUGAGUUUCUGCGUGAUGUUUCCCUAACAAGAAUCGAGGGGAUAAGGGUGGGACACGUCCAGAAGGUGUCACUGGUGCCAAGCAAAGUGCAUGAAAUGCGGACUCUGAGUCUGAAACCGCUGCUGUUUGAGAUCCCUGGGUUUCUGUCGGAGGAUGAAUGCCGUGUGGUAACGCAACUUGCACAGCUAAAGGGUCUAAUGGAGAGUCAGCUAAUGGUGCAAGACGGCCAGGAAGAGCUGGCCAAGGAGCUCAACCUCAGCCCUGAAGAGAUCUUCAACCUUCUUGACAUCAACCAGGAUGGACAGUUGCAGCUCCAUGAGAUACUGACUCAUUCUCGAGUGAGGGACGGAAUCUGGCUCACACCGGAGAAUCUGAGAGAAAUCUAUGCUGGGCUCAAAGCUGACAAGGACGGUAAUGGUUUGCUAAGUCUAGAAGAGUUCAGGCUUCUGAGCAAUGAUGCCUUCCAGCGCUUCCUGCUGCAGCGAGGGGUGAAGAGGAGUCAGCUGGUGAGGAACAGCAGACACACCUGGCUGUAUCAGGGCAAAGGAACACAUCAGGUCCUCCAAGACAUCAAGGCGAGGGUGACUCGUCUCACUCGGCUCCCACCCGCAUUAGUGGACCUCAGUGAGCCCCUCCAGGUGGUUCGCUAUGAGGAGGGAGGACACUACCACGCCCACCACGACAGCGGCCCUGUGUAUCCUGAAACAGCAUGCACACACACGCGCCUCGCAGCGAACACCUCCACUCCUUUUGAGACGUCUUGCAGGUACAUCACAGUUCUCUUCUACCUGAACUCUGUCGAUGGGGGUGGGGAGACCGCAUUCCCUGUGGCAGACAACAGGACCUAUGAUGAAGUGUCUCUCAUACAGAAUGACGUUGAUCUUUUGGACACCAGAAGGAAUUGUGACAAGAGCAACCUAAAGGUGAAGCCUACCAAAGGGACCGCUGUUUUCUGGUACAACUACCUUUCUGAUGGAAAAGGUUGGGUGGGACAGCAGGAUGAAUAUGCACUGCAUGGAGGCUGUGUGGUCACCCAUGGCACUAAGUGGGUCGCAAAUAAAUGGAUAAACAUUGAUCCGGAUUACCAGCGGCAGGUUCGCUACCAGCAGCUGGUUUCACAGCAGCCAGAGGAUGAGGAUGAUGAAGGUCCGACUCUCAACCCGAACCUACAGAGUUCUGAUAUCCAUCAAGACUUGUAGCUCAUAAACCAAAUUUAUACAAAAAAAACAACUAAAAAUCUACCGAGCCUUCCUCAGUCAUGUGCACAACUUCUUUGGCAAGAUCCUCUGUGUCCAGUUUGUAGAGACAAGAUUUAUUCAGGGAAUGAGGUCACAGUGGGUUUAUGCAACUGUAAAGAGAUGAUUUUGGUAAAUAUUGCUUGUAUAUUGUUAUCUAGAGAUGCACCAAUACUGACAUCUGUCUGAUAAUGACUCAAAUAGCCGGAUCAGGUAUCGUCAAUAGGCUGAUCAGAUACCAUUAUUUUAAUAAAUAACAGUUCAGUACAUUUAUAUCUAUAUAUUUAUUUGUUACAUUUUGUUUAACAAAGUUAGGAAAGCAAUGUUUAAGUCAGGUCUGAUGUUGCCUCACACAUAAAAGACUGAUCCCAGUCUCUUCCACACAGUGAGGCAUACAGCUUAUUAACUAAAAUGCUGGUAUCAGUAUCUGUAUUGGGACCGAAAAAGUCAGAUCGGUGCAUCCCUAUUGUUAUACUUCUAUUUUUGAAUCUCCUAUAAUUUCCCUUUUUAGGAAUGUUGCACUAGAAACCCAUUAAAACAGUUGAGACAAAACAAUCCCUUUGCAUGCAUUAGCUUCACAGAUUGUCUGUUUGCUGUUGCUAUGAGCAGAAAUUGCACUUAAAAAUUGAAAUGGCUCCUGCAAACAUUUCAAUGUCCUUCCUUGUCAAUGCUGCCAUUACCAAAAAAGGCUCACACUGUCUGUGUGAUGCAUGUUGUCUUGUAAUUGUUCCUUGAAUUAUUUUCUAACAGAUUCUUCUUGAAAGGUAGUGUUGAGAGGUUUCAUUUUAUUACCUGUAUUUUUCCCUAAAAAUGCAUUCUAUCGUCCUCCCACUUUGAAUAAAGUUAAAUUAAACUCAUGUGUCUUCCUACUUUAAAGAUAAGAUUUAUAAAUAUAAAUGUAAGUCAUCAAUGGUUUUGUAGAGUUGUUCCGAUGUCUAAAACAGUAUUGUAAAUGCCUCCGUUACAGUCUAAAAUGCUGGAUCAGGUAUCGGAGAUCAUGUUAUCUUGUCUUGAUAACAUGACAUUAUGUUGCAUGACCUGAGCCAGGUCAUGCAACAAUGAUAGC